CACAAGUUCAAAUUUGACGUUCUUCCCUUUCGAACACCAUGCUCGCAGCGGCUACUUCGUUCUUUGCUCGCACUGCGAUUUCUCAGUCGUACAACUUUGGCGACCCCUCAACGACAGGAAGCAGAUCGUCCACGCCUGGCCCAGCUUCCACCUCGAAUUCACCUCAAACUGCGCCUGUCUCACUGCAUAUCGGACUAUGGAAGGUCCAGAGUGCCUACCACCGAGUCACUAACAAACGGGUAGCGGUAUGGAGUUUCGAUAAACGUGGGCCUGAUACGGAGAGGCUGGGUCCGCUGUCGAAGGAGAGGAUAUUGGAAGUGCUGAAAGCAGAGGCUUCAGCACUCGGUCGGCUGCGACAUCCAUCCAUCCUCGAAAUGGUCGAACCUCUUGAAGAAACACGAAGCGAGCUCAUUUUUGCGACAGAACCUAUUCUCUCGUCGCUGGAUAUGUCGAUUCCUGGUAGCUCACGAUUCCGGCCUUGGGUGGAGCUUGACGAGGUCGAGAUUCAAAAGGGCAUCUUGCAGAUCUGCAAAGGCCUUUCCUUCCUUCACACGUCGGCGCAGCUAAUACACUCAAAUAUAUGCCCAGAGAGCAUUAUCAUCAAUAGCGCAGGUGAUUGGAAGAUAUCCGGUUUAGGCCUCACUAUUCCGCUCCUCCAACCGAAUGGUUCUCCAACGCGAUGGGAGUUCCCGACGUUCGAUGGACGUGUACCGCCGUACAUACAGCGUUCUUUUGAUUAUAUGGCUCCGGAGUAUGCUUUAGAUGAAGUCCUGAUAACUUCAUCCGACAUGUUCUCUCUCGGCGUUGUUCUCUACGCGGUACAUUGUAAAGGACAGACGCCAUUUCAAACACAUGGCAGUCUAGCAGGGUUAAGAGAGAAUGCUGGACGAGCCCUUCCGGGUAUGGAGAGACUUGAUGCUGACUUACAAGGUCUUCUUCGCUCCUUAAUAACGCGUCACUCGAAUAAUAGACCGACUCCGACAACGCUUCCUUCUCAUCCGUUUUUCUCGUCUCUACCAAUAUCGACUCUAAAUUUCCUGGAUCGAUCUAAUUUUACAGCAAAGACUAGGGAGGAAAAGGUCGGGUUCAUGAAGGGUCUGACAAGUGUUCUGGACAAGUUUUCAGAAGGCCUCAGGACGAGAAAGAUACUGCCUUCUCUUCUCGAAGAGAUGAAAGACACGCAUCUACUACCGUAUAUCCUUCCGAAUGUUUUUGUUAUAGCGACCGUGCUCUCAGCUCCUCAGUUUGCUUCCAUGGUCCUGCCGAGUCUGAAACCGUUGUUCGCCGUCAAGGAGCCUCCGCAGAACAUGCUUACUUUACUGGACAAUCUCUCCAUGCUGCAAAGCAAGACUGACAAGUCUGUCUUUCGAGGAGAGGUUCUGCCAUUGGUGUAUAAUGCUCUAGAGUCAGAGCAUGCUGUCGUUCAAGAACGUGCUCUGAAAAUAAUCCCGGAUUUGUGCGACACCAUUGACUACGCCGAGGUACAAGGUGUAAUGUUUCCAAGAGUCGCUCUUGUCUUCACUAAGACGAGGAUACUCACCGUAAAAGUUGCUACUUUGGAGACCUUCUUGGCAAUGGUGAAGACACUAGAUCAGACAAGUCUGACCCAGAAACUCGUUCCUUUGUUAUCAAAAAUUCGUACCAAAGAGCCCGCCGUGAUGACAGCAACCUUGGCAGUUCAAGAAGCAAUGGGCUUCAAAGUCGACAGAGAAGCUGUUGCUACUCUGGUGCUUCCUCAGCUUUGGGCAAUGUCCAUGGGUCCACUUCUGAAUGUAGAACAGUUCCAACGUUUCAUGGACGUCAUCAAGAGAUUAGGUGAUCGAGUGGAGAAGGAGCACAAUCAAUUCCUUCGUGAUUCACAGAGACUGGAAGAUCGAUCGGGUGUAGCCGUCAAUGGAAAUGGUACCAGCACUCAUAGCUUCGCCGGUGCUGUCGACUUUGAAAGCCUCGUAGGAGGAGGAGCCGGCGCGGCUGCUCCUGCUAGUACAAGUAUAAGUACACCGCAGAAACGGAGCAACACCUCUUGGGAUGACGAUGUAUGGGGCAGUAUUUUCAGUGAUGAAGCGUCAGGAGCACACAGUCCUGCCCUAAACUCACCAGCUGCACUACCCCUGCAACCUACUUCGCCCUCCUCACCUAGGACCACACAAGGAAGUCGGCUGGGUGCCAAACCAAUUCCAGCGGCUUCUUUCAGCUCCGCACCCUUCCCUUCACCGCCGUCUAAUCGGUCCUUCUCAAGUCCUCUGCAGCCCACGAACACAGGCAGUUUUCUACCGCCGCCACCGCAACCUCAAAAGCCAAAUUACAAUAUCUCGCUUUCUACAUCCACAAUGUCUCCUAUGCGACCCAACAACACUGGUGGCUUUUCACCUCCAGCACAGCCGCAGAAACCCAAUUAUAACAUCUCAUUUUCUACUCCAGCUCCGACGAUGAGCACAUUGCAGAAUCCCAUUCUUCCCGCUUCUUCACCACCACCAUCGCUGUUCCCUACACAAACCCCAGGGAUGUCAGCCCCACUGAACCCUACAAUGACCAUGGGUGGCAUACUUGCCCCCUCCAAACCCGCCCAACAACCCUGGAGUACCUCAAACUCCAAGUCGAACACUGACUGGGGUGAUUUUGAUCCAUUAGCGUAGUCGUAUCAGUAUCAUCAUGUUCGUUAAUUUAUUUAUACAGGAUUAUUUUAGGUCUCUUUCUAUCUCGAUGUCUCCCAAUUUA